CGUCCGCCCAGCUUCCCCCUUCCUCCCGGUACUUGUACCGGUUUUCCAUUUCCUUUUCUUUCCUUUAACACCCUCCCCCGCCUUACGACUGCGAUGGCUAAGGCUGCGAAGGGCGACGCGAAGCCUGCGAAGGUCAGCAAGGGCGACAAGGCCGCGAAGGUAGACAAGAAGGCGAAGAAGGAGACCAAGGCUGUCCCUACGGCCGCGGAGAUCAUGGCCAAGAAGGUCGUUGAGAAGCCUGUGAAGGCUGACAAGAAGGCCGCGGCGGCGAAGGAGGCGAAGUCAAAAACUUCCACCCCGAAGAAGGCUGCUAACGGCAAGGCUAAGGCCGCCGAGUCGUCCGACGACAGUAGCGAGAGUGACUCCGAGGAGGAGGCGCCGAAGCCGGCUACCAACGGCAAGAAGGCCGCUGCUGCCGAGUCCUCCUCAUCCGACUCCUCUGACUCCGAGAGCGAGGACGAAAAGCCGAAGGCCGCGCAGGUCAAGGCAACCCCCUCAAAAGCGGCCGCGAAGGCUGCGUCGUCGGACGACUCCGAUGACAGCGACAGCGACGACUCUGACGCGGAGAAGAAGACGCCGGCCAAGGCCGCUGUAGCCAAGAAGGCCGCGGCUGCGGACUCGGACUCCAGCGAUGACUCUGACGACUCUGAUGACGAGAAGCCUGCCGUCAAGGCCACACCCGCGAAGGGCACGCCGGCGAAGGCUGCCGCUAAGGCUGCUGAGUCGAGUGACGACAGCUCGGACGAGGACAGCGAUGAGGAGGAGGCACCUAAGAAGGCGGCGGCGAAGCCGGAGACGUCGUCUGACGACUCGGACUCAGACUCUGACGAGGAGGAGAAGCCGGCGGCGAAGAAGGCUGCUGCUGAGUCCUCGGACGACUCGUCUGACAGCGACGACUCUGACUCUGACGCUGAGAUGGAGGACGGCACGAAGGCUGCCGCGCAGACCAAUGGCAAGCGCAAGGCGACCGACGACGCCCCCGCAGCGUCCAAAAAGGCCAAGCUCGCCAACGGUGACGCCAAGGCUACCGGUGACGAGGAGGAGGAGUACACCUCCGUCUUCGUUGGCGGCCUCCCCUUCGAUGUCGACAACGACCGUCUCCAGCAGGAGUUCGCGAAGUUCGGCGACAUCGAGUCCGCGAUCGUCAUGAUGGACCGCCAGACCGGCAACUCGCGCGGCUUCGGGUACGUGCACUUCGCCACGCACGAGCAGGCGAAGAAGGCGAAGGAGGAGAUGGACGGGUACGAGCUCGAUGGCCGGAAUAUCCGCACGGGCACGGCGACGAAGCCGCAGCCGAAGGGCGCGCACGACCCGUCGUCGCGCGCGCGCCAGUUCGGCGACAAGCCCAGCGAGCCGAGCAGCACGCUGUUCGUGGGCAACCUGUCGUGGUCAGCGACGGAGGACGCGGUGUGGGGCUUGUUCAACGAGUAUGGUGUCAAGAACGUCCGUCUGCCAACGGAGUUCGAGACGGGCCGCCCGAAGGGCUUUGGGUAUGUCGAGUUCGAGGACAUCGAGGGUGCCAAGAAGGCGUACGAGGCCCUCGCGGGAGCUGAGUUGGAUGGGCGCAACAUCCGCCUCGACUACUCGCAGCCGCGCGACAGCAACGGCGGUGGUCGUGGUGGUGGGCGCGGUGGCUUUGGCGGUCGGGGCGGUGACCGCGGCGGCCGUGGUGGCGGUCGUGGCUUUGGUGGUGGUCGUGGCGGAGGCUUCGGUGACCGUGGUGGCCGUGGCGGUGGUCGCGGACGUGGUGGUGACCGCGGGUACGGUGAUCGCGGCCGUGGCGGCCGCGGUGGUGGACGUGGCGCACCCCGGGGCAGCGCCCGCUCGGGUGCCGCUGCUGCGUUCGAGGGGAAAAAGAUGACCUUCUGAGUGUCUUGUACUGGAUAAUUGGGUUCACGGUCUAUCAUCUAUCAUGCUUGUUUGUAUGUCCAUGCCAUGCCAUUAUGUGCUUGCUUGCCUUC